AUUAAUUAUCGGUCUUAUAAAUUCCCAACGAAAUUCCCGGCCUGCAUACGUUUCGUUGGAACUUCCAACCGCUUGGCGUGGCUUUCUGUGGCCAGCCAUUUUGAGUAUUGUCGAGUGUGAUCUGGUGAUUGAUGUGAUGCGUUACCUUGAAUAUGAAGAUUAAAAUGAGUAAAACUAAGGAAUCGCCUGUCGCGGAUGGAGAAACUGAGGAGGAGUUCAGUGUUGAAAAAGUUUUGGAUAGACGUGUCGUGAAAGGAAAAGUUGAAUAUUAUCUAAAAUGGAAAGGAUACAGUAACGAUGAAAACACAUGGGAACCAGAGGAAAACCUUGAUUGUCCAGACCUCAUAGCACAGUUUGAAGAACAGCGUAAAAAAAGAGAAGCUGCAGGCAGUGGAAAAAAAGAUGAAAAGGAACAAAAGAAACGAAAGAGUUCAUCCACACCAACUCCGACAGCUCCCUCAAAGAAAAAGGUUACUGAAGAUAAGAAACCUGAAGGUUUUGACCGAAAUUUGGAACCAGAGAGAAUCAUUGGAGCGACUGACUCCAGUGGUGAAUUAAUGUUUUUGAUGAAGUGGAAGGGCACAGACGAUGCAGAUCUUGUUCCAGCGAGGAUAGCAAACGAAAAAUGUCCCCAAAUCGUAAUUAGAUUUUACGAAGAACGUCUAACCUGGCAUAGUCCAACCCAUGACGAGGAAAACAACAAAGCCGAUCCUGAGUAGCAAUUAAGACCUCAAACUUUGAAACCCAAAUUGGGAUUGUCUUAUACUGCUCGUUUUAAAAUAUGUCGCAUAUAGCCAUGUCAUAUUAGGUUCAUUUAUAAGUUAUGUUACACACACGAGCAGACUCGUUACAUUUACUUGGCUCUAAAAGCGUAAUUCAAAUUGAUUCUUAAAUUUUGAAUAAUACUUCAUCGUUUUAACGUACCGCUAUAACUUACACAGAAUGUAGGAUUAUCUUUUAGCUAUAUUGUAUAUAUGUGUAGCAACCGCGGAUCUGAAUGGUGAAAUCUGACAGUUACUAAAGCACUUCUACCUUAGUUUUUGAAUAAAUAACUGGACUUUUUCGAAAACAUUCUCGUUUGGUGAUAUUGACGUUUUAUUUAUAUAUUUUGUUGAUAAAAGUGAAGUUCUACUAUAAACUGAUAUUUAAGAAAACAAUCAAACGUGGAUAAUAUCUACUUAUCACAUUUGGGAAAUGUAAGAUAGCUCCUCAGUGAAAUUUGCUUCGUGUAAAAAGUUUCUUCGUAAUAAAAAUUGCUUUUAUUAUGGAAAAAUAUCAAAUUCGCUAGGUAGACGUGGUAUAAUUUUUACGAAUCAUUUACGUAUCAUCAUUAUGUGACUUGAUGUGAUGUAUUCAUUUUCUUUUCUAUGUGUUAAAGUACCAGUUCAUACUUAUGUUGCAGCUCAACAUGUUCCAUGUUCUGCAUCUCUGCAUUCGGUUUUGAUAACUUUAAGUCCAAUUACAGUUACAAAAUGUGAAUCAGCCUAUACAGCUGGCGGUGCAUUUAUAUUUUUUGUAGUGAACGUGUGAGAAACGAGAACAAGAAUAUACCGAUUGUUAUCGAAUAAACGCAUAA